CGAAUACCCCUACUCGCGCUGGAAGCAUUCCUGCCGAUGCAGAAGCCUUGAAAGGACGGGGCUCCGCUGAUGACCGCACACGACCACGACGACGCGAUGCGAGCCGCAGCCGCUCAAGAAGGAGAAUGCCUACGUCCCGGGCUGAAGAGGGCCGCCGAAACCCUUCACAGGAUCUGUCGAACUUACCGCGUGCGCGCGAGCCCGACGAUCGCGCACCUGUUCGUGAUUAUCGUGAGAGUCGAUACGGCGACCGCAGCUACCGGCCCAGCCGUCGUAGUCGCAGUCGGUCGACAGUUCGAACCUAUGAUAGAGAUCGGGAUCGGGAUAGGGAUCGCGAUAGGGAUCGCGAUCGUGAUCAAGGUGCUGACCGCCCGCGAUACCGCGAGAAAAGCCCGGAGCGGGAUCGAGAUCGAGAUCGAGAUCGAGAGAGGAAUCGGGACCACGACUAUCAUCGAGAUCGCAGCCGAGACAGAGAACGGGAUCGCCACGGCAGGGAUCGUGACAGGGAUCGUGACAGGGAUCGUGACAGGGAUCGUGACAGGGAUCGAGAAAGAGAUCGAGACAGAGAUCGAGAUAGGGAACUGGAAAGAGAAAGAGACCGGGAUAGAACACGCGAUCGCGACGACUACCGCCGGCGACGGAGUUACUAUUCUCGAUCCCGUUCUCGUCCACGAUAUAGGUCUCGGUCACGAUCGCGAUCGCUACACAGAAAUCGAGAUCGUGACCGCGAUCGAGAUCGGGACAGGGACAGUCAUAGGGAAAGAGAUCGGGACAGGGAUCGCGACCGCGACAGAGAAAGGGACAGAAGCCGAGACACCAGAGAGAAGAGGGAUACGAGAGACAACAGGGACACCAGAGACCGCGAUCGAGAUCGAGAGAGAGAUCGAGAUCGCGAUCGGGAUCGAGAUCAUGAUCGCGAACGAGAGAGGAAUCGCGAUCGGGAGCGUGAUCGUGACCGUGACGGCAACCACGCCACCAGCAGCACCACCACCACCAUCAUCACCACUAAACCUCUAAUAAGUACGAGCACUGCGGCUUCUGCUACUGCCACACCUACCACAACCAACCACGACCACCACCACCCUAACAACCCCGGCCGUGGCCGCAACCCCGAGCGUGAGCGAGACCGUCCAGCGCGCGAGGACGACAAAUCCACCCGAGUCUCCGUCUCUUCCCGCCGACGCUCGCGCUCGCGGGCCCGCCGCUCUCGCAGCCGCCGUCGCUCCCCAAGUACCCUCGACAUUGACCGAUAUGUGCCUCCAACCAGCAAUCGCAGCCGAUCCCCGCGGCGGCGGGUGAGGUCUCCCGAGCGCACCGAGAAAGAGCGCGAAGACCGUCCGCGGUUCGUGGAGAUCGAUCGCUACAUGCCCGGCGGAGGUGCGCCCGCUGAGCAGCGGAGGCCUUCGGAGUCUGAGUCGACGGCUACUCCUACCGCCGCCGCUGCUGCUGCUGCUUCUGCUGCUAUGACAGCUACACCGAGCACAACAGCGACAACACCCCGCAAACAAGAUCGCAGUGAGGCCGAGGAGCGCCGGCCAUUGCAGCCUCCUCCGGCCCCUUCCUCGACCUCGGCUUCGAGCUCGAUUCCGCAUUGGAGGGGUUCACGCAAGGUUGGGAUAUGAGGCUUACAGUUAGGGCUUGAGACUUUAUGAUGGCCAUUAUUGCAUCGGCAUGAAUAUAUUGGCCGCACGAGAGCUGCCUUGAUUACCACGAUACUCAAAAAUUUAUGAUAUGAUUUCUGAAGAAGAUGGAAGUAUUUUUGCAAAUG